AUGAUUACUACUGUACUAGUUUACCUUUCUUCAGAUCCUGAGCUGCCACGCGAACUGACGGAACAGUAUCGGUUGGGUCGCGUAAUUGGCGAUGGUAAUUUUGCCGUGGUGCACGAAUGUUUCUGCAGACAGACCAAUCAGCGUUAUGCGACAAAGAUCAUUGACAAACGCAAAAGUUGUUUGAAGAGAUACUUGCAGGAUGAAAUUAUACACAACGAAAUCCGGCUUAUGCAGGAUCUCAGGCACCCGCAUAUCGUUCAGUUGUACAGUAACUUCGAUACUCAGGAUUUUAUUUGCCUCGUUAUGGAGCACGUGCAGAAUGCGUUUGUUGUGCAUUCUUCGAAAGGAAUAUUCGUUUUUUAUUUCGUCGUUCAGGGAGGCGAUCUGUUCGAUUCACUCGUCAGGGCUAAGCGAUAUUGCGAAAAUGUUGCGUCUCAUCUGAUCCAGAAUCUUGUAUCAGCUUUGGAAUAUCUACAUGAUAGAAGGAUCGUCCAUCGUGACGUGAAGCCAGAAAACUUAUUGGUGUACGAAACGGCAGAUGGAAAGAAGCAGCUGAAACUUGCCGAUUUUGGCCUAGCAACAAAAGUUGACGGCCCACUUUAUACUGUUUAUGAUUUAAACAUACCACUCGCCAGUCAGUUUCAUUAUUUUGCUGGAAAGAUUUUCCAACUAAGCACUCGUGUGAAGACGGCUGCCACUGACCUUUUUGUUUCUAGUUAUGGAUUAAAGGUGGACAUUUGGGCUGCCGGAGUGAUCCUGUACAUGAUGCUGAGCGGGUUUCCUCCGUUCUACAGCCCCAACGGCAAGCAGGAGGAGCUCUUUCGAAUUAUCCUCUCAGGACAUUACAGAUUUCCGCCACAGUACUGGGACGGUAUUUCUAACGCUUCGAAGAGCCUGAUUCAGGGCAUGCUGCAGUUUGACGACGCAGAUCGGUAUUCGGCACGAGAAGGUGGAUCUCAGGUUAAUGCCGACUUUGAAGAAUUCUCCGCGUUGGCGUUAAAAGACAGCGACGCCAUUGACUGUGGCACAGAGCGGGUAAGUGAUCUGGCAUGUUCUUACGUAAUGACUGAUUAACA